GUUAUGGUCAUUCAAAACUUAUGAAAGUAGGAUUAUUGACUCACUCGACUUUCUCACUUUCAUGGUGAGUUUCUUCAAGUUUUAUUUCAAUUUUGAUAGUCAACUAAUAUGGCACAGUCUGGUUAGUAUUGUAGGAUGCUCCCCCUGUCGCCAGGCGACUAUAAAGUAGACUUAGGCGGGAACAACUCUAACAACCGAAACGAUCACCAAAAUAUAAACUUACCGGAAAACACGUCAAAAAUACAACACUGUAAAAAAGAAACGAAAAACACGACAGAAAAUGAUGUAGACAACAUUAAAACAGCUACGGAAUUCGUCCACGAUUCUGAUUUAGAUAACACAACGACAACUACAGGAUUUUUCAAUCAUUGCGGGUUAACACAGCAUGCAGGGGACCAGCCUCGCUACCUUCUGUCCGAUCGCUUGAACCAGCAGACGACGAGCAAACAUGUCGUAACAUCACGUGACGAAGCAUCGCAGACGUCACUCGACGACGUGUUAACACCAGACCGCCGCACCGUGCAGCACGAUGCGCCUGAGAGUUCCAUCUGCGAUGACGUCAAAGCGAGAAUUCUGGAACUUUCUUGCAAGGAGUCGUACGAUUUGAAGGCGAGGGUGAUACUGUUGGGAGACUACAGCGUUGGAAAAACAUCUUUUCUAAGAACUUUAGCAAGCUCCAGGGAAGAUGUUGUCGGUGUCUGCUGUAAGGAGUACGUGCCCGGGGAGGUCGCUGUGGUCAUCUGCGUCAGGGACGAGGAGCGUGCUCUGGUCAGGGUCAUGGACACGGGGGGGCAGGAGAAGUACCGCAGUCUGACGUCAUCGUACUACCGGGGCGUGCACGGUUGUCUGCUCAUGUUUGACGUCAGACGGGAGACAACUUUUGACAGCAUCAUCGGCUGGUACCAGGAGCUUGUAAAGAACGCACAAAACGAUUACGUCUGCGCCAUCUUGGUGGGAACGACGUCACACACGGGUCAAAGGAUGAUCUCAUCCGAGAGGGGUUUCAGGCUAGCCGACAACUUGGACAUCCCCUACAUGGAAUGUUCCACGGAGGACGAGCUCUCCACGUGCGCCAUAGUUCAAAGGUUAUUGGAGAAAAUUAGGUUGGGCGUCCGCAGGAAAUCAUUCAAUGUUGAGAUCAAACCUCACGUGUCGGAAAUUAAAAAGUCUGGAAUUUUUCAAGUCAGCCCGAACAUUGAGAAAAUAAACUGUAUGUGUUGAUUAGGAACGCAAGUGCUU